GCAGCAAAUAUCGAUAAUUAUUUCAGUACAUAAAGUUAUUUUAGUACAUAGAGUUAUACACGAAUGAAUAGAUCUGCACUUCAAUUGUAGUUAUUUUUUUGUCACACGGACUGUGAGGUGUUUGAUUUAUGAAUCAUAGUGGGGUUGUGAAUUGAAAAUUCCGGAAGAGGAUUAAAUAAUCUACAGCAGGUAGCAACUUCAUGGUAAAUUAUGAAGAAGGUCAAAAGCAAAAAAACUCAAACAAAGAAUAUAAUCAUUUAAAUUGUGAGUUUUUGCCUAUGAUACCAAUGCAGUAGUUUGAAAUGAUCGAUUCGUUUAGGGAGGUAUUGGUUAUACAAUUUUUCAUAUUAUUGAUAAUACCAGAGGGAACCCCCCAAUAUGAAUCUAGUCCCUGCCCAAAAGUUUUCAGUUAUCGAUAUGACCAAGAAAGAGGUCUUUACGGGGUUGUUCGAAUUGUCAACAACCACAACAGUCGAUUACAGCUGAAUAUCGAAAUGGUAUUAGGAAAUAGAGUUCAGGGCUACAAUGGUCAUAUUGAGCUCUCCAAGAACAAAGAAGAAGUUAUACAGGAUAUCGUCAACUACAGACCAAUUAUAUACAAAGUAUUUUUUCCUGCCUGGAGGAGAAUACCCCCACAGAUCACAAAAAUAAUCGUCAACGGCGAUCUGAUAUGUAGCGGACCAAGAAUUGGAAGAAAUCUUGUGCCCGUUUUAACUACUAUAAACCUCCAACACACAACGAAAGUUGAUAUCCUACCGCUAUCAUUUUCAAAUGGACCAGAUGGAAAUAAUAUUUUUCAUCCUGGAGAUGAGGUUUCCCGGCCGAAAUUUGAUAGGUUCAGUCCGUCUAGUGGAUUUGAAAAUGAUUUUAGGUUACCAAGGACUGAACAGCAGGCAGAUAGAUUACCACCAGAUGAAACAACUCCAAGUCGACCUGGGCUCAAUUCGGGACAACCGAUUAGUCUACCUAACGACAGAAGAAAAACCUUUCCGGUAACAUAUAUUCCAGAAGACAUAUCCAAAGAACAAGAUGAAAUCUUCAAACUGAAUCCUAAUAAUCCAUUCUUCUUUCGGUCUAUGGAUGACCAUUAUGACGUAGAGAAUACCUCAGAAAUCAAGUCACCUAUUUUCCGUGGCAAUCCUUUCUUUUUAACAACAAUGGUGAAGUCGAAAACAGAACCCAACCCAGUAACUACCUCAACUCUUCUAGAAGAACAUGUACCUCCACUAACUAAACGAGGCCCCGGAGAAUCAGUCAACUCUAAGACAGUUUUGACAGAAAUUGGAAAAGUUUCCUCUGAUAUUGCUGAAGUCGAUAUACCGUAUGAAAACAUUUGCGGAAGGUCAGUCUCUACGAAUGAAUUGGUGGUGCAUGGGGAUGCGGUACCAAGGGGAGCCUACCCGUGGCUGGCAGCAAUCUUUUGGGUGAAGCCAACUGGGCUGAAUUACAUGUGUAGCGGUUCACUCAUUUCUGAUAGACAUGUAGUUACAGCUGCUCACUGUGCAAAAAAAGACAACAAAGUGCUCCAACCCAAUGAGCUUCUCGUAAUCCUGGGAAAACUGAAUGUUCAAAAAUGGGUGCCGUCACAUGGCGAAAGAAUAGUUGAACCAGAAGCCAUCCAUGUCCAUCCAGACUACAUGGCGUUUUCUGGUGACGCCGACGUUGCAGUAUUAGUGCUUAGCGAAAAAAUGGAAUUUACCAAAUAUGUGAGACCAUUGUGUCUAUGGGAUGGUAACUCCGAAUUAGAAAAAAUUGUAGGGAAACAAGGGACAGUGGUAGGAUGGGGUAAGGAUGAAGAUGGGAAUCUUAUGACUGAAGAACCUAAGCAAAUCCGUUUACCAAUAGUUAGUCAAGAAACAUGCUUGCGAAGUUCCUACCAAUUUCAAUACAUCACGUCUAACAGAACAUUUUGUGCGGGUUUUCGAAAUGGUUCCGGACCAUGCAAUGGAGAUAGCGGAAGUGGAUUCAUCAUGCAGCGCCAUGGAAGAUGGAUGCUGAGGGGAGUUGUUUCAACAUCAAUAUCUGACAACCGUGAGAGGACAUGUGAUCUAAGCAACUACGUUGUCUUUACAGAUACUAGUAAAUUUUAUGAUUGGUUUUUGUCUUUCAUUAAAUAGAAAUUUAAAGUACA